AUGUCGCUUACAGAUUUGGUGUCGCAACUUCAGAUAUUUUCGAAGUCGGACUCUCACAGACAGGUACUGGAUGUGGGUUCCAAGAUUCUUGGCAAGGAGCCAUCAAAUCUGGCCGUUUUCAAGCAGUGUUUGGUGGCCUUCAUCAACUUGGACAAUUACAUCUCUGCCAAAGAAUUUCUGGAAAAACAUGCCAGCCAGGUGGAGGCCAACCAAAAGGAGUCGAUUGUUGAGCUAGGGUACAUCUAUUACAAACUGAACGACGAAAAGGCUUUGGAAAAGCUUAAUUCCUUGGGUAGUCAGAGCCGUGGAUUUAAACACAUUCUUGCACAGCAUUACUAUCGCAUUGGCAAGUACAACAAGGCUCUUGCGAUAUACAGAGAUCUGUUGGCAGAAAACAUCACAGAGGAAACUUUGGAUCUUAGUGUCAACGAGAGAGCUGUUAUCUCACAGAUCAAAGAUUACUCCACAGAGACUCAAACGGAACCAGUGUCGGCAACAAACCCAAACUCGUACGACCAAAAAUUCAAUUCGGCUCUGAUUCAAUUGAGAAAUCAUAACUAUGAGGAGGCAUUGGAGCUUCUUCACGAGGCUAGAGACCAGUGCAAGACUGCUUUAGCCGAGUAUGAGCAAGAAGAGCUUCUUAGCGAGCUUGCUCCAAUCGACGCUGAGAUCGCAUUUGUCACCAACUUGACUAAAGGAGCUGCUUCUGCAAAAGAACUGUACGAGAAGUACGACGUUUCGAAGCUGAAGAACAAGAUUCUUAAGAUCAUCAUCGCAAAUAACCUCAGCUCUUUGGAAGAGACCUCAAACAACGUUGUUUUGUACAAGACUCUUGGAUUCCCAAAUUCUUUGCACGCCAUUCUCGACAAGCUGACUAUAAUCCAGAUCAGAGAUCUGCAAAGAAACGAAAUCUUGCUUGCCUACAAAACUGGCAAGUCUGUCUCCAAGUCCGCCAAGAAACACGAGACACAAUUCCCAGAGUCUCUUUAUCCACAAGCCCUGGCAGAAAUCUCACGCCUAACUGGGUUUGACCACUCUGACUUCAAGUCGGCCAACAACGAACGUCUUGUGUUCAGAUACGCCAUCGAGAAUCCCGAGAAAAUAGGCCUUUGUUUGUUCUCAUGUCAAUUGUCUGUGGAGGCUGGCAAAUAUACAAGCGCAGCUCGUUUGCUCGAGACUGUGGUCAAGACAGACUCCUCAGUUUUGCUGAGACCUGCUGUUUCGCGUCUUCUCAUUGCAGUCUACGACAAGCUGGACAGAGAGGGCAGCAGAAAGCAGUUGCUACUGAGCAUCUACGAGCAAUUAAUCGCUGCCGAACUUACAACUGUUGAUCAGCUAUGGUUCCUGAGGUUUGUGGCGUUUCAAAUGAUCUCGUUCGACGACGUGAAAGCCAAGGAGCUUUUCCAGAGACUUGACCAACAAGUUUCGUCGUCGGACCCGCUGGUGUCUGUUGUCUUGGGCAACGAGUCGGAGUCGACGUUGGGAGACAUUGAAACUCUUAUCGGAGACGUCGACGUGAGUGCUCUUAUUGAGCAGGGCCUCAAGCCGCUGGUCUCUGGAUCCUCAAGCACAACUGUCAUAAAAAGAAGCUCAAAGGUGGAAAAACGCAAGCGGUCGAAACCAAAGAAGCUUCCUAAAGAUCUCACCAAACAAAUCGACGCAGAGAGAUGGCUGCCAAUGAAAGAUAGAUCCUACUACAAGCCAAAGAAGGGUAAGAAGGGUAAGGACACCCAGGGUGGUGUUGUUGACCAGGCCGCAGAACAGGCUCUCAACAUAAGCUCUGCUACCACCGGUUCCUCCACCAACAAAAAGGCAGCUGCAAAGAAGAAGAAGAAGGGUAAGAAAUAA